AUGGCCGAGGACAAUACAUUGGGUGACUUCUCACAUAUCGACGAUGAGCUGCAGUUCGUGAAAAAUGAUGCUCCAGCCGUUCGGAACCAUUCGGCAGCGGUUUUCUCAAAUGUCAACCUGAAGGAAGUAAAUCAUAUGUGCUCACUUCAUGCCGGAACGUAUCAGGACAGUUCGGCUCUUGAAACCGAAUAUUCAGUUAUUCUUGGUACAAUUAAUGAAAUUCAAAAGCUGCACAUUCGAACGGUACAAAUAGGAACAGGAAGCUUCUCAAUAGUUUGGUGUUAUAACGGUGCGAAUGGAUCUUCAGGACUCGAGUGGUCUGACUCCUUCGAGACAGAGCGCGUGACUCAGACGACAAAUGUAAUUUACUCGAGCAGCAUGGCAAUGCUUAAGCCAGGAGCCAGCAGUGCCGAGUUUGGUCAAGAAGUUGAAAUUCACAAUCUACUUAUCAUCGAUCAGAAUACGUUCGAGUUGCUACAUGCACAUCAAUUCAUGCAAACGGAGUAUACUAUGUCACUGAUUCCGGCGAAAUUGGGCAACGACUCGAAAACUUAUUGCAUCGUCGGCACAGCACUGAUACAUCAAGCGGAACCGGAACCCAAAAUAGGAAGGAUUAUCAUCUAUCACUACAAGGAUGGAGCCCUCACUCAAGUUAGCGAGAAGGGAAUCAAGGGCGCGUGCUAUUCUCUCAUUGAGUUUAACGGCCGUGUAUUGGCCAGCAUCAAUUCAACUGCACGAUUGUAUGAGUGGACUGAUGAUAAGGAUUUGCGACUUGAAUGUAACCAUUUCAAUAACGUGUUGGUAUUAUAUUGUAAAACCAAGGGAGACUUCAUUUUGGUGGGUGAUUUGAUGCGAUCUGUUACGCUGGAGGUAAUUUUGAGGAGAUCGCUCGCGACUAUUAACCAAAUUGGAUGACAGCAGAGUGGAUAACAGAACAAUCUAUUUGUUUGCCUAAAAGAUGGAUAAGUAGGGUUUCCGUAGCUCUGUUUAUCAUACGAAUUUUUGUAUUUAUUUGAAGGGCCACAACAAUGGACGACGAACAACAGCAAAUGCCAGAGGUUGCUCAAUUCCAUCUCGUUAAUAUGAUGAAUAUAUUCCGUCACGGUUCGCUCGUGAUGGAAAACAUUGAUGAGCGUACGACGCCGAC